ACAUCAUGAGCGUGCUCUCCCAGUUAGUCAUGCUCCUGCUCCCUGGCAUUAUCUUCUGCACCGAACAGGAUCCCACCUACGAACACCGAGACCGUGUAACAGGUGAAAUUCUCCUGUGCAAUAAAUGCGAACCGGGAACUUACCGCACCGCUCACUGCACUGCCACCAGGCAAACACAGUGCAGACAGUGUCAGAGUGACCACUUCACGGAGCUGCCGAACUACCUUAGCAGGUGUCUGUACUGCAACAACUUCUGCUCACAGAACCAGGAGGUGGAGAUUGAGUGCUCUCCAGUCAGCAACAGAGUCUGUCGUUGCAAAGCAGGAUUUUACAUGAUGGAGGACUUCUGCAUCAGACACACAGAAUGCGGCAGUGGAUAUGGAGUUCAGGCGAUAGGUACUCCAACAAAGGACACUGUGUGUGAAAAAUGUCCCAAAGGGUUUUUUUCCAGCUCAUCUUCUGCCUUGGAUCAGUGUGUAAAACAUAAGGACUGCUUAGGAGAACAAGUCAUGAUCCUGCAAGGCUCAGCGUUCCACGACACAGUUUGUGGCACCUGUCAAAGUCUUGCAAAUGGAGGUGAGGACCUCAGAGCAGUCCUGUCUGCAUCAUUUACUGGGAGCAGGAUACCAAGAAGAGACUUAAAAAGACUGAUUCACAAGGUUAUUCAUAAGAAUCAAGAGGAUGACUCAGCUCUACCAAAGCAGAGAGGCCCUCUUGUAGAUAUGAUCAGAGCUUGGCUGGCCCAGGCGUCUGCAGAGCAGCUGAAAGAGCUGGUUAAAACCAUGAGGGAUCCCCAGUUUAGCUCCAUAGGAACCAGACUGGAAAGCAUCCUUGAUGAAAUUAAGCAGCAGAAUCCUACCUGCAGUCUAUAAAAUCCGUGUGGGGAGCCUGUGCUGAACUUAAACAUCCUUUCUCAUAGUGUGUGUUUACUGAAUACAUAUUUUUUACAGAACGCUUUUAAAUUUGAAUUCAUGUGCAGCAUUACUGGGAGUACCAGAGGUUAUCAGUAUUAUUAAAUGUUUCUAUAUGCUGGAAAAAAAAAACCCUGUUCAUUCUUUGUUUGUGUUUCCUGUAUGCUUGGCCAAAUUCCCAUUUAUAAGAGCAUAAUGAUGUAUUGUUUUGAAUAUCCCGGUAAGGUACUGAACUAUAUUUGUGUCAAAAAUAAGCUUUAGAAUAUUAUAAAAGGAAUGUAAAAC